AUGGACGACGACAGUGACAUGUACGGAGUAGACAAGAACGGCUUCGUCGACGGCUCCUAUGAAAUAAACGAUGAUAUAUCGAUUCCUGUCUAUGCCGAUGUACAACUCUUUCCAUGUUCAAACUGCGGUCGUAACUUCAAUGCAGAAUCUUUGCGUAAACAUCAACCAAUUUGCAAAAAAACUGCUCAAAAACAACCACGAAAAGUGUUCGAUAUGGGUAAACAACGUGCCACAGACUCUGAUGUGCCUUACGCAGCAACCAAAGAAACUACGCAGUUUUACUAUGAAGGUGUUAAACCUAAACAGGAGAUUCAAAAGAAAAGGCCAAGCAAUUGGAGAGAAGGACAUAAUGCAUUAGUACGUACAAUUCGUGAAGCUCGACAAAUAACACAAGCCAUGGAAACCGGUGCUCCAUUACCAAAACAAACACCAUCACAAAUUCCUAGUGACUAUGUUCAAUGUGAUUUUUGUCAACGUCAUUUUAAUAAACAUUCAGCUGAACGACACAUUCCAUUUUGUGAAACUCAAUUUAAACGAAAACAGAUGCAAUCGGCAGCAGCAAAUAAUGGGCGAACCGCUGGUGGUAGUGUAGGUCGACAAGGACACGCAUAUCAACAACAGUUUAGCCUUGACACACCUAGCGGAAGUGCUAAUAAACAACAUCAAAUCAAUUCAGCACCUUCUACUUUUGCGUCGAGACGUCCUCCAAAGACCAACGGUGAAAAAGAUUAUCGAAGGCCACGAUUAAAUCCAAAUACAUUUAAAAAAAACAAUUUUGGUGAGACAUCAACACACAAUAUAAAUGGCACACCACCUAAAUCUGGUAGCCAUCGAACAACUAAAAUACGUAGUGCAGCAGGUGCUUAUCUACCCGGUAUGAUGCGUACGGGUCGAACUAUGGAAAACGAUGAUUUAAAUGUUUUGGCAGCAACUGGACGAGGACAACAAAAAGCUGAAGCGUCACCACAAUUACAACGACGUACACCAGGAGUGAAAACACGAUCACCAAGUCCAGCACGUCGAACAUCACAAGUAAGUGAUGUACCACAGCAACAACAAACCCGAGCAACCACAGCAGCGAAACAUUGUCACGAAUGUGGUAUAGCAUUUCCUGUUGAUUGGGCGAAAUUUUGUUGUCAGUGUGGUGAGAAACGUUUGAGCCUUUAA